UUAUAAAAAAAGACUUUCCAUUAUAAUUAUAAUAAUAAUUUCCAUAGUCUGUGGUUUUGUCAGUGUAAAUCUUUUGUCAUCAAAUAUGUCCUUUACCCAAAGAGUACAUUGUAUACCUUUAUGGUUUAAAGCUUGUAUUGGAGUGUUCAAAGCCAAAAGCGUAAUAAUUUAAUUUUUCCACCCAGAAAUAUAUUUAACAAACUACAAUGAGUGAUAAAGAGUCUAAAAAUGAAGAAAAGAAGCCCAUCGUGAUAAAAAAUGCCACAGAUCUACAGAGAUUAAAGCUUGAGAAGCUUAUGAAAAACCCUGAAAAGCCAGUUAUAUUGCCUGAUCCACCGAAGCAGAAAUCGCUGGCGGCCCCUCCAGAUUUUGUCCGAAAUGUGAUGGGGUCAAGUGCCGGCGCAGGUUCAGGAGAAUUCCACGUUUACCGACAUCUCAGAAGAAAAGAGUAUGCUAGGCAGAAGUUUAUACAAGAAAAAAGUGAAAAGGAAAAACUUGAUGAUGAAUACCAUAGGAAAAUAGAAGAAAAUAGAAAAGCUGCAGAAGAACGAACUGCCAAGAAAAGAUCUAGAAGGUUGAAGAAGAAAAAGAAUGCCAGAGCAAAAGUUAAAAAGCCAAACAGCAGUCAGCAACAGACGACAUCAUCAUUAUCUGAUAGCUCCAGUGAAGAUGAAAAUAAUAAAACUGACGAAAAUGUAAACAAAGUGACGAAUUAAUAAAAAAUACAGAAAACAAAUAAUGGAAAGGAAAGUCCCGCUAAUAAUGAAAUAUUGUAAAUAACCGAAAUAUUGUAAUUGAACCCCAAAACAAACAUAAUAUGAAUGAAAAAAAGGAAAACUGUGACAAUGACAACAGUUAAUCGUGUUGAUAAUGAAACUUAAUAUUGUACAAACUUAAUGAAUGUUUUAUUUGGCAUGUAUUCAUUUAAUUACGUAACAUGCCGUAGCCUGCAAUAUGGAUGGCAUUUGUUUCAUGAAGGUAAUGGGUCUUGCCGUGUUUGCUCGUUAUUUCAGCUGUCCUUCAUUCAGACUCCCGACUCUUGUAUCCCGCUGAGGCGGAGGCUCUUGCGGUGAUGCCGGUACUGUACACAUGUCUCGGUGGACGAUCUGCGCCGUGCAAUCCUUCGCUUUAAAUCCACUUCGCCUGCAGGUCCCGAUGGUAUUCUUACAUUCCUAAUGAUGGACUGUAGGUACUAAACAAACAUGUAUGUAACCUUUCGAUCCAUAAAGGACAAUCCCCAAGUACGUGGAAGAUGUCAAAUGUAACACCUGUCCCGAACAGUGGCACUUCUAAAUAAAUCACAAACCAACACAAAGUUUUUGAGCACAUCUUAAAACUUUCACGUAAAAUUACAAGUCAGUAAUCGCUGAGAUCGCAAGUCAGUAAUCGCUCAGCAUGGAUUUCAAAUACCACCACAAACCUCAUUUCCUUUGCUGACUAUGUGGCAUCAUAUUUUAAAUGGAUACUUCAAUUUCACAAAGACGUAAGGUAGAGACGUUUGACUUAGUGGACAAUGAUAUUUUAUUGAAGAAGCUUUCCGGGAUAGGACUUGCACUUGACCUGGCUUGUUAAAGCUGUUUACUACCUAUCUUGCGACCGCAAACAAUAUGCUAAAUUGAAAAAUUAUAAAUCUGAAUCCUAUAUCACAACGUGUGAGUCAGGGUAGCAUUUUGAGACCAACACGCUUUCUUCUCAUGAUAGAUCUUCUCAAGGUUCUCAACACAGUUGUACGUUUGCUGUUUGCAGAUAACUUAAAACUAUUCCAUCUAAUUCAGUCACAGAUUUUUCGGCUCUGCAGUGCGAUAUUGACGCGGUACCUUAUGGUGUGAAGACAAUGGGUUGACAUUUAAUAUCGCUAAAUGCAAAAUAAUGUCCCAAAACACGAGAUCAGUAUUCAACUAUAGGUAUUACAAUACUUAAACGAAUAAUCUUGUCGCGAUAGCCAAGCUCAACUUUCAUAACCACAUCCAAUAAAACUCUUGGUUUUAUCAAGCGAGCAUCCUCACAGUUUCGUGAUACCUACUGGGGUGGCAUUUAUGACUCUAAAAUUGAACUUCGACACACACUACUCCGACAAUAUGUUACAUCGAUAUGAUUUUAUUCAGACAUUACCGACAAUAUGUUACUACCGACAUUACUCAGACACUACGCUACUCCGAAAAUAUGUUACAUCGACAUGAU